UGCCGUAUAGACAGAGGGAAUACAAGAUAAUACAUGAAUAAGGAAAUUACCCUACCCAGCUGAAUUUGUGGUCUGAAAGUAAAGGGGUCUUUGCAUCACCUACCAAAUAUAAUCCUCCAUGUCUCUUUUUCUUGUUUUGACUUUCUUCGCUAGAUUUACAUGAACAUCUAGUACUUCUUUGCCCAGAUCUUGAUCGCAAGUCUCACCUUUUGUGUUCUUCUUGUUUAAUCUUGGAAAUGGUGAGAGGAAAAGUUGAGCUGAAAAGAAUUGAGAACACAACAAGCAGGCAAGUGACCUUCACUAAGAGAAGAAAUGGGCUUUUGAAGAAGGCUUAUGAGCUUUCAGUUCUUUGUGAUGCUGAGGUUGCCAUGAUAAUCUUCUCUCAAAAGGGAAAACUUUAUGAUUUUUCAAGUUCAAAGUCGAUACGCACAGCGCCUAGUAUCCAUCGUUUAUGGCUAGGAUAUGUCAGCAUGCGGAAGACUAUAGAGAGGUAUCGUGAACAUGUUAAGAAAGAUGAAAACUGCAUUCCUGAAACUGAAGUAAACACUCAGAAACUGAAGAAAGAAUCUGCCAUCAUUCAACAAAAGCUAGAGCAACUCGAAGCUUCACGACGGAAGUAUCUGGGACAAGACUUAGUAUCAUGUUCACUGGAUGAAGUAAUCGAGUUAGACAGUAAGCUGGAACAUGCAUUGAGAACCAUCAGGGAAAGAAAGGCUCAUUUAUUUAAAGAACAAACUGAAAAACUGAAAGCAAAGGAAAGAUACCUCAUGGAAGAAAAUGCAAGAUUAGUGCAAGAAACUGCAAUUUUAUGCCAAAAGCGUGAUAGAAUUUCACCCCAGCAUUAUGUGAAGGAGAAAGAUGUGAUUACAAGAAGCCAAAGUAGCCCGUUUUCGGAGGUGGAAACAGACUUGUUUGUUGGCCUGCGCCCCUCUCAUAAUUAUCGAGAUUAAUAGUUCUAUAGUUUUGCUGAUAAGAAUGAUUAGUUAUCUGACUUGAUCUAUUCAUCAAAAUUCCUGCAAACAACUUGGGAUACAAAGAAUAAAAAGUUAAUAGCAAUUAAAGGAAGUGCACAUGUACUUAUGUAAUAAAACCAUAACUGUAGUUUUACCAGUUUCCUUUGUAUGGUAGUUACCACUCCAGUUGGUUAUGACAACUAUGCCAAUUGGAUGAUGCAUUAAUGUUACACAGAAGAUGGUUGUGUUA